UUGGGACAUCAUCAGCAUCAUGAAGAUCGUGCUGUUGUGUUCACUGGUGGUUGCCGCCGCCGCCGCCUCGCCUUACUCAGGUAGCCAUGAUUUUAGUGGCUUCCAGAGAGAUGAACCUGAUGGUGUACCAACAGCACAGAAGCAGCACGACAUCAACUUCCUCCUCCACAAGCUGUACGAGCCUCUGCAUGAGGCCAACCUGAAGGCCCUGGAAGAUUCCUUUGACCCACUGACCCACACUGCCAACAUGCCUGAUGCUGGUGUAGCCGUCAACAAACUCAUGCAGGAGGUCAAGACUCAACAUCUGGAGGAGAGGCAUCACUGGUUCUCAGUGUUUAACGCCACUCAGCGCGAGGAAGCACUGCUGCUUGUAAAGGUUCUAUUACAGUGCCAAGACUGGCCAACAGCUAUUGGCAACGCUGUUUACUUCCGUAAAAUGAUGAACGAGGAGACGUAUGUUUACGCUCUGUACACAGCUAUCAAACACUCCCCACUCACUAAGCACGUUGUGUUGCCUCCUCUCUAUGAGAUCAUGCCACACUUUUUCACAAGCAGCGAAGUAAUCCAACAAGCUUACAGGGCCAAGAUGAUUGGCCAACCAGGCAAAUUUAACAUGAACUUUACAGGCACGCAGAAUAACCCUGAACAUAAAAUAGCUUACUUCGGUGAGGAUAUCGGCCUCAGUACCCACUACAUCAAUUGGCAUAUUGAAUAUCCCUUCUGGUGGAAUGAGACUUUUGGUUAUCAGAUUGAACGCAGAGGCGAGAACUACUUCUGGGUUCAUCACCAGCUGGUCAACCGCUUUGAAGCCGAGCGCAUUUCCAACCACCUUCAGAAAAUAGAAAAGCUUCAUUGGGAAAGGAAUCUCCAUGAAGGCUUCGACCCCCACACUUCAUACAAAAAUGGCGAACAUUUCCCAUUCCGUCAUGAUGACAUCCAUAUCGAGGACGUGGACAAGGUUGCUGAGGUGCGCGACAUGAUCGUGAUGGAGAACCGCAUCCGUGAUGCCAUCGCUCACGGCUACGUCAUCGACAAGGAGGGUAACAAGGUGGACAUCAAUAACGAACACGGUAUUGACAUCCUGGGUGAAAUCAUUGAGUCGUGUGUGUACAACCCCUAUAAUGAAUACUACGGCUCCCUACACAACAUGGGUCACAUGAUGCUUGGUCACCAGGGUGACCCCCAUGCCAAGUACUACGAUACUCCCAGUGUCCUGGAGCACUAUGAGACCACCCUCCGUGACCCCGCCUUCUACAAGCUGCACAAGUACAUCGACGACCUCUUCAGGAAACAUAAAGACCAUCUUAAACCUUAUAGCCGGAAGGAGCUUUUGUUCCCUGGUAUAGCCAUCAACAAUAUACACAUUGAUGGUCCCUUGGAGACUUACUUUGAAGAUUAUGAAUACAGCCUCAUGAAUGCUAUGGAUGACAAGGAGGAGAUGAAAUGGGAGGAUAACAUGGAAAUAAGCGCCAUUAUCCCACGUCUGAGGCACAAGGAUUUCUCCUUCAAAGUGAACAUAAUGAACAAUAAUGAUGAGAACAAGUUGGCCACAAUCCGCAUCUUCGCCUGGCCACAUCGUGACGUUAAUGGUGUCAUCAUGCCAUUCAACGAGGGUCGUUGGCACGCCAUUGAACUAGACAAGUUCUGGAAAUACCUGGCACCUGGCGAGAACGAAGUUACCCGCAAGUGCGAUGAGUCCUCAGUGACGGUACCUGACGUGCCCAGCCUGAAGAGCUUGCAUGAACAGGCCGAAGCAGCGAUUGCCGGAAUCAGUGAAUUGAACCUUGAGGAGUUCGUGAGCGCUACUGGGCUGCCCAACAGGCUGCUCAUACCCAAGGGCAACGCGGCUGGUGUAGAGUUCAAGUUGGUGGUGGCUGUGACCGACGGUGAGGCUGACUCUGUCAAUGAUGAAAUCAACUUGACGACCAAGUUCCACCACUACGGUCACCACGGAGUGUACCUGGACAAGAAGUCCCACGGCUACCCACUGGACCGUCGCGUACCUGACGAGCGCCUCUUCCACGAGAUCCCCAACUUCGGGGAGACCAUCGUCAAGGUCUUCAACCACAACGAACACGUCCACCGCCACGAGUAAGACUCACUAUCCUCACCAAGAUGGAGAUGAAAGUCAACUUCAGAUGAUUUAGGAUGGAACAACUAUUGACAUUUGGACUUUCACUUUUCCUGUUGUUAUUGAUGUUCAUAAACAUUUUGUUGAAUAUAAUUACAAUUGUACACUAAUAUAAUGUUGGUCACAACAUCUGUGCAGUAUUUGUCUUACGAUGUUAAAAUUAUGUGCCGUACCUCUUCUGGUAAGAAAAUGUACACAAACUGCAGGUUGACGGACUAGGUUGUGCUUAGUUUAUGAGAUGCUUAAGAUCACAGUUGCUGAGGACCAUAGUUGUAGUAGUUGAUGAUUCUUAAAAUAUCCUGUAUUGUCUGAUAACAGCUGAAGACAUUAUCCCAUCACUGCAGCUGAAGUUGAAAUAAAUGAUACUGAUGCAUGA